GCAAGAACAACACACGCAAUAGUUGUCAUAAACGUCAUAUCUGACUGGUUGAUGAGAAAAGUGGACGAAAAAUUGCAUUCCGGUUUUGUCUACGUGUUUUUCUGUGUUACAUUUCCAGAAGACGAAAAAUAAAUACGAGAGUCAUGUAUUAGAAUUGCUUAGGUUUGUUUUGAUCAGAGAAUUAGUAACAGGGAAAACGGUGCACUUGUCAAAACAUGAAAGCCACAAUCGUUGCACUGCUGGCCCUUUGGGCACGGCUUGUAUUGGGCGAUGAGCACAAUCACAUUUACGAAGAUCACGAAGAGGUGGUUCUAUGGAUGAAUACGGUGGGACCGUAUCACAAUCGGCAGGAAACAUACGCGUACUUCUCGCUACCGUUCUGCGUGGGGACUAAGCAGACUAUCAAUCACUACCAUGAAACCAUGAGCGAGGCCCUGCAGGGUGUGGAACUGGAGUUUAGUGGUUACGAGAUUGAUUUCAAAGAUGACAUCGCACCGACUGAAAUUUGUAUGGUGGAGUUGACUGAGAAAACGCACAAGGCCUUCGUGUAUGCCGUGAAGAAUCAGUACUGGUACCAGAUGUACAUUGAUGAUUUGCCCAUUUGGGGUGUUGUUGGCAAGGAGGAGGAUAAGAAAUACUACAUUUAUACACACAAAAAGUUUGACGUAAGCUACAAUGGGAAGCAAAUUGUGGAUGUGACACUGACGCCGGAGAAAAAGGAAUUGCUCAAAGUUGGGGCCAAAAUGAAGUUCACCUACGAAGUAAAUUGGAAACCGAGCAAUGUUAAAUUUGAAGAUCGCUUCGACAAAUAUUUGGAUCCGAACUUUUUCCAACAUCGCAUCCAUUGGUUCAGUAUCUUUAAUAGUUUUAUGAUGGUCAUAUUUCUGGUUGGAUUGGUGUCUAUGAUUCUGAUGAGAACACUACGGAAGGAUUAUGCCAGAUACAGUAAGGAUGAAGAAGCUGACGAUAUGGAACGAGAUCUUGGGGAUGAGUACGGAUGGAAGCAGAUUCACGGCGAUGUGUUCAGAUCUGCUUCAAACUCAAUGCUCUUUUCUGCGCUGAUUGGUGCUGGACAUCAGCUCACGUCUGUUGUACUGUGUGUCAUCACAUUUGCUAUCCUGGGAGAAUUAUACACCGAGCGAGGAACCAUGCUUUCAACUGCAAUUUUUGUGUAUGCCGCUACCUCUCCCAUCAAUGGUUAUUUCGGAGGAUCGCUGUACGCUCGGAUGGGUGGAAAACAAUGGAUCAGACAAAUGCUACUGUCUGCCUUCAUUAUUCCAGCCUUGGUUUGUGGAACGGCGUUUUUCAUCAACUUCAUCGCAAUCUAUUAUCACGCGUCAAGGGCGAUUCCUUUCGGAACGAUGGUCGCUGUCACUUGCAUCUGCAUAUUUGUGAUCUUACCGCUAACGUUGAUAGGCACAAUCGUGGGUCGUAACCUUGACGGUCAACCAGAUUAUCCGUGCCGGGUGAAUGCUGUCCCCAGACCCAUCCCGGAGAAAAAAUGGUUCAUGGAGCCGGCUGUGAUUAUCCUGCUCGGAGGUGUGCUUCCGUUCGGGUCUAUUUUUAUUGAGAUGUACUUCAUUUUCACCUCGUUCUGGGCGUACAAGAUAUACUACGUGUAUGGAUUCAUGCUGCUAGUGUUUCUGAUUCUGAUUAUUGUGACAGUGUGCGUGACAAUCGUAUGUACGUACUUCCUGCUUAACGCCGAGGACUAUCGAUGGCAAUGGACCAGCUUUAUGUCGGCGGGUUCCACGGCGAUUUAUAUCUACAUCUAUUCCUUCUAUUAUUUCUUCUUCAAAACGAAGAUGUACGGACUUUUCCAGACGUCUUUCUACUUCGGCUACAUGGCGUUAUUCUCGGGCGCCCUCGGGAUCAUCUGCGGUACUGUUGGCUACAUCGGAACGAACAUUUUCGUGCGGAAAAUUUACUCCAAUGUGAAAAUUGACUAAUCUGCUAGCCCGCAGCGACAACAGACGACUACACACUACCCUAUACUAGAUGGCGCCUUUAUAACAGAUCAUCUCUUUAUUGUUUUCAUUUUUAAAACCAUUAGUUAUUAGCAACAAAAAACGAUGAUAAAUAAAACAAAACAGCAUAAGGCCCUUCUUAAACAGCAAUCACGAGUAAAGGAAGCAAAAGGGAACAUGUAUUCUGACGUUAAAGUGAACAAUGAUUAUACAUUUCUGUGUUUUAAGCAUAAGUUACAUUAAUGGUAAACGAAUGGAAAGUUAUAUUGUUUAAGCGGAGUGCUCGUAUGGAGUUAUACAACUUCGAGGGAGAACUCUAAUAAUACUAAACCGAUUGCAUAAAUAGCUACUGACGACGACCCCCUUAUAUAUAGUCGUAUAAUCGGUUGAAAAGCACAGAUACAAAAGAAAUUUAGGGUUCGCAGCAGCAGUAAUAACGAUAGAAAAGAAAGCAGUUCGUAUAAAUAGAAAAAAAAACAGUUGUAUUCUCAUGAAGCUUCUUCUGUAUGUGCUACUACAAACGACAGUUUUUAUUUGAGUAACCAUGAAUGAUUAAAACUGAUGAAUGAGAAUGAAUUGCGUAUGAGUUAGUA